AUGAUGCCAAACGCAAACGGAUCUACUACCGGGAACCCUUUUGAGGAACCUCAGCGACGCAUGAACGAAUACACGGCUCAAGAAAUCGCUACACUGCAAUCACGCCUAGAUAAGAAAUUGGGUCCUGAAUACAUCUCGUCGAGACCAGGGGCGGCUGGACAAAGGGUGCAUUAUCUGUCCGCCGACAAAUGCAUCAAUCUGGCGAAUGAAGUGUUCGGCUUUAAUGGCUGGUCCAGCUCGAUACAAAAUAUUCAGAUCGAUUUCGUAUGUCUCGUGGCAAUCACCCGCGGGGUCGACCGCUUUGGGAACCUCCAUGCUGACCUUGAAUAG